CCUCCGCCCCUUCUCUCCCUGGCGAGGGUGGGGACUUUCCCCGUGCGAGCCCGCCCUCCUGGUGCCGUCGCCUAUAAGACGCAGCGGGCAGGCGGUGCUUUGCAGAACCGAAGGGCGAGCAAAAGUCCGCUUGGCAACUGCGACGAGGUCCGGCCGCUUCCGCCAAUUCUUGCUGCGCCACACCAGUCUCCGCCAUGGCCCCUCUGACGGUGAAGGCCUACCUGCUGGGCAAAGAGGACGCGUACCGGGAGAUCCGUCGCUUCACGGUCGAGGCGCCCGACCUCUACCAGCCCAUGCGGGACAAGGUGGCCGAGCUCUUCCAGGGGCUGCUCCGCACUGCGGUCGCGGCCCCCGGCGCUUUCCAGAUGUAUUACAAGGAUGAAGAUGGAGAUAUGAUUGCUUUUUCCAGUGAUGAAGAACUGAAGCUGGCCAUGCCUUGUGUAAAAGAUGGCAUUUUUCACAUCUAUGUUAAAGAGAAAAAGGAGUUGAAGCGCGAGCACCUGCACCACCAUUCCUGCAGACAGGAGCGUCCUCCAACUGUGGUGCACCCCAAUGUGGUCUGUGAUGGCUGUGAUGGUCCAGUAGUGGGUACCAGAUUCAAAUGUACUGUUUGUCCAGACUAUGACCUGUGCAGCACUUGUGAAGGAAAAGGCACCCACAAGGAACACAACAUGAUCAUGUUUCAAAGUCCACUGCUCAAUCCACUGGAGUGGCUUCCUAGAGGUCGAUGGCUUCGCAAGAUGCGACAUGGUGGCCCGUUUCCAUGGAUGCAAGGCUGGGGGCACCCUUGCCCUUCUGGUCGUUGUCACAGCUCUGGUCAGGAGCAAGCUAGUGCCAGUACAGCUGUUCCAGAUGCUACUCCUGAGCAAGGAGAGGCAUCCAGCAGUCAGUCUCAGGAUCCGAAUGUCACCUUCUUGAAGAACGUUGGAGAAAGUGUCGCAGCAUUUCUGAGUCCACUUGGCAUUGAUGUUGAUAUUGAUGUGGAACAUCAAGGAAAAAGAAGCAAAGUGGCGCCUACAUCUACUUCUGAGAAGGGCAAGACCAUGUCUAGAAGCAGUUCAGUUGACCAGUCAAAAUCAGAAACAAGCAGCAAGAACAAACCAGCUUCAGAUGCAGGGGAUACUAUUUCUGACCAGCUUCAGGAGAUGGUGGUAGAUUCUCCCCCUAUGCAGAUGGAGCAGGAUAGUCUCUUGUCACAGGAACCACCUGAGUCCAGUAGUAGUUCAGCAGGGGAUGAGGACUGGACCCACUUAUCUUCAAGGGAAGUGGAUCCUUCUACUGGUGAACUGCAAUCGUUACAAAUGCCAGAAACAGAUGACCCAUGCUGCCUGGACCCAACUCAGGUUCCCACGAACACAGGACCCACAGGAUUGAGAGAGGCUGCAAUCUACCCUCAUCUGCCACUAGAUGCAGAUCCCCGCCUGAUUGAAUCCUUGUCACAGAUGCUGUCCAUGGGAUUCAGUGAUGAAGGAGGAUGGCUCACUCAUCUGCUGCGUUCAAAGAAGUAUGAUAUUGGAGCAGCGCUGGAUGCUAUCCAGUAUGCCAAGCACCCACCUGCUCCCUAACAUCUCCUGUACAACUUCUAAUACUGAAAGCAGUCUGCAAAAGGCUGCACCGAGUAGCAUACUUUUUAUAUCUUGCCUACUGCAGUGAUCAGAUUCUUCUUUGUUCAUUCUACAAAAAUAAACAUUCACACUUUUCUUGUUUUACCCUGUCAUGUACUUCGUGAUAUACUUCAUGUAGCUGAGUUAGGAUAUCUACCCCAAGCUGUUGGAAAUUUCAAUGCACGUUUAAGUCUUUGGGUGAGUGUGUGUUCUUAAAAGAUCUUCACAUAAUUUGUACUGAAUGUAUUAAUUGCAAGCCCCUUCAGGGAUAAGAUGUUUAGUAAUCUAUCAGAAGAAAAAAAAUUCUACAUUUACCCAUUUCACUGCAAUUGUUUCCAUAUGUCAUCAGUAUAUCUAAUUCUGACAGCUGUCCAGUCUGUGGAUACUUAACACUGGAGUCAUGAACAAAUAAGAUGACUCUUAAAAAACCAAGUAAAACUUUAGGUUGUAGAACAAUUUAAAUAGAAAAAGAAAUAUAUGGGGGGAGGAGGUAGCUCCUCCCAAUGAUGGAAUCAGUACCUGUACUUUAAAGAAAGGAAAUCCCAGUGGCUGUUGUGAUGGUUACUGGGCAAACAUAUCAGCACUGCCAGAAUUUUCAAGCCUUGGUUUCUGUCAGUAAUGGUUUUAUUUACUGCAUUUAAUUAAAGUAUUUCUAAAUUGUGA